AUGACAAUUUUUCAUUUAAUUAUUACCUUACUACUACUUUAUUAUGCAAAUGGAUAUCAAACAGGUUACACGUGUGACAGAUCAGUUAAAUUAAGUUGUCCUCUACAAUCAAAAAUUAUUGUCUUAAAAGUUUAUUAUUCACCCGUGUGUCCUCAAUUAAAUGAUGUUCGUAGCGAGAAUGAUAACUGGUUUCCACCAUCAACUUGCUUAGGAUAUAAACUUGAUACCAUUUAUUCAUCAUGUAAUGGACAAGAAAAUUGUUAUGUUGAACUUAGACAACAAAUAUUUUCAUCGGAAAAUGUACAAAAUCGAGAAUCAAAUUGUCAAUUUUCAUCUAAAAGCAUUAAUAUCGAAUAUUCUUGUGUACCAGACUUUAUGUCAUCACUUCUUCCACGAAUAAAUAUUUGCAAUGGAUCGACAAAUGUUCAAGGUAUUUCAGAAGGAUUUAUUUUUACACCAAAUUAUCCUGGCGGUUAUCCAAAUCGACAAGAUUGUUUUAAAAAUAUUCGUGCAUCCGCUGGUCAUCGUAUGAAAAUUUUUUCAAUUGAAUUUGAUGUCGAAGGUUUAAGUAUAUUGCGAUUUCUUUGGGUUAAAAAAGCAAAUGAUUUUUUAAGAAUUAAUAAUGGUGAAAAACUUUAUGGUUCAAAGAAUGGUAUACAGCUUUUAUUCGAUGACUACAUUGGAGCAACAUUGCAAUUUGUAUCGGAUUUUGCCAACUCGAAACGACCAUACACAGGAUUUUUGCUUUAUUUUAUAAUUACACCAGAUAGUCCUCAUACACGAUCAACGACAAGUACUACUACGACAACAUGGAGUACAUUAUUAGAACUGGCAUCGUCGACAACGUUCAAUCCAUUUUUGGGACUUUUAGAUGAAGAAGAAGGAGAGAUUCAAGCAACAACCGAACAAUCUAUUCUUUCCGAACCGAAAUUACCAAAAGAUAAUGAUAUUUUUGAAAUGAACGAUUACCCAUCGGUUUUGAGUAAAAUCAGCCCAUUAAUGAGUAAAAAGCCAAGUAAGAGUUCAUUUGAUCGCUAAUAUCUCAUUUUGAAUGGUUUUAGCUCAAAAAAAACAGAUGUGUACUGAAAAUCUUGAACUUUCUUCGGGAGAUAUUUCUUCUUAUAGCCACAAUCUUUAGACCACUUAGCUAACGAGAGGACAACCUCAAGUAUCCAAUUAUUUUCUUCUUGAAUUAUACUUGAUUAAGUAUAACUUAUGAUGCUGAUCACAAAUCUAAUAUCCGUCUUUACUCUUAAAUUUUUUCUCUAUGGAUCUCGAGAAAGUUGGUUUCUACAAACCCAUCGUCAACUUUCAUUUGAAGAAAUUCUGAUACAAGUAGUUUGUGGAACAUGCUGAAUAUUACGUUUUCCAUAUAACAAAUUCUUGAAGAUUAACGAGUAGACUUCUAUUGAGAGAUGGGACUUUAUUAGUAUAAAACUGAAAGGGUCGGUACUUUCAAUAAAGUGAAUAGUAAAAGUCCUAUCUCUCAAUAGAAAUCUAUUCGUUAAUCUUCAAGAAUUUGUUAUAUGGAAAACGU